AUGCCUGUCUCUUCACUCAACGUCCCACAACAAGAGGAUCUUGUUCAGUGGUCUUAUCUGAAGGAUGUAAAGCUCCACAACAUUGAUUCAGGUGUCGAUCUUCUCAUUGGAACUGAUGCCCCAAAAGUAAUGGAGCCUUGGGAGCUGAUAAAUAGCCAGGAUGAAGGACCUUAUGCAGCAAGAACCAGGGUCGGUUGGGUUAUUAAUGGUCCACUUCGUGGCGGAAGCAGUAGGAGUAAGAGUGGCUGUCCUGCUGUAACAGCUAACCGAAUCUCUGUUGAACACCUUCAAGAGAUGCUGGUUAAACAGUAUAACCAAGACUUUAAUGAAAGAUCAUCAGAGGAGAAGAUUGAAAUGUCCAGAGAAGACAUCAAGUUCAUGAAUGUUGUGAGUAGCUCAACAGAAUUAAUCGGAGACCAUUACUGUAUUGACUUACCUUUCAGACAGAGCAAUCCCAUCUUGCCAAACAACCACUGUGUUGCAGAGCAGCGCCUCCAGAGCUUGAAAAGAAAAUUUGACAAGAAUAGUCAAUUUAAGGAGGAAUAUGUUGCAUCUGUAAAUGACAUGUUAACUCAAGGAUAUGCUGAGAUGGUGCCUGCUGACCAACUAAAACAAAGUGAUGGAAAGGUGUGGUAUAUCCCCCAUCAUGGAGUUUACCAUCCAAGAAAAGGCAAGCUGAGAGUUGUUUUUGAUUGUGGAUCAACAUAUAAAGGGACAUCGUUGAACUGCCAUCUCUUGCAGGGACCCGAUCUCACCAACUCUCUUAUUGGAGUCCUCAUUCGAUUUAGGCAGGAGCCUGUUGCUGUAAUGGCCGACAUCAAAGCCAUGUUUCAUCAAGUCCAUGUUGCAAAAGGGCACACAGACUUUCUUCGUUUCCUCUGGUGGCCUGAUGGCGACACUACACCGUCUCCAAUGGAAUGUCGCAUGAAAGUUCACUUGUUUGGAGCUGUAUCAUCACCAAGUUGUGCAAAUUAUGCUUUGAGGAGAACAGCAGAAGAUAAUGCCCAGCAUUUCCCUCUCGAAGUGGUGAAUACGGUGAAACAAAAUUUUUAUGUGGAUGAUUGCCUGAAAUCCAUGGCUUCAGAGGAGGAAGCUAUACAAAUGAUGAAGGAUUUGACGGCUCUUUGUCACAAAGGAGGAUUUCAUCUUUCAAAGUGGACCAGCAACAGCAGCAAAGUGUUGCUGUCUACUGCUGAGGAAAAGAGAGCAAAGGAAAUGCAGGAGCUGGAUUUGGACACAGACCAACUUCCAAUGGAGCGUGCAUUAGGACUACAGUGGUGCACUAAAGCUGAUAAGUUCAACUUCAGGACCUCAGUGCGAGAACAGCCGCAGACCAGAAGAGGCAUCCUGUCAGUGGUCAGCUCACUUUAUGACCCAUUGGGAUUUCUAGCCCCAUUCACUAUGCCAGCCAAGCUGUUGUUACAGGAGCUUUGUAGAAGAAACUUGGGGUGGGAUGAAGCCAUCUCCCCUUCCUUCUCUAAACAGUGGUCUGAUUGGCUGGAGGACCUCCAAAAGGUGGCAGAGUUCAAAGUGGAACGCUGUAUUAGGCCCAGAGACUUUGGAGACCCUGUUACAGCACAGCUUCACCAUUUUUCAGAUGCCAGUCAAGUUGGAUAUGGAACUGUGUCUUACUUAAGACUGGAAAAAGACCAUAGAGUUAAUGUUGCCUUUCUCUUUGGAAAGGCCAGAGUUGCACCCCUCAAGCAGACUACAAUCCCACGACUGGAACUCACAGCAGCAGUUCUGGCUGUUCGAGUGGAUAAAGUGCUGCACAAGGAGUUGCAGCUUAAGCUGGAGAAGUCAGUUUUCUGGACGGACAGCACAACAGUCCUUAAAUAUAUCUCUAAUGAAACUAAGCGAUUUCACACUUUUGUUGCCAACAGAGUUUCUGUCAUCAGAGAAGCAGUAGAUAUUGAUCAGUGGAGAUAUGUAUGUUCCAAGGAGAAUCCCGCAGAUGAGGCCUCAAGAGGAAUGAAAACUCAGGAUUUUCUGAAAGGCAGAAGAUGGAUAAAUGGACCUGAGUUUCUCUCCAAGACAAAGGAGGAUUGGCCUGAAAUGAAUGUGGAUCUUGAUGUGAUUUCUGUAGAUGACCCGGAGAUCAAAAGGGACUUGAUGGUGAACACUAUUGUCAAGGAUGUGGAAAAUCCCACCAGCCACCUUAUCUGCUACUUUUCUUCUUGGACUAAGUUGAAAACAUCUGUGGCUUGGUUUCUGAAGAUCAGGGACGUUCUCAUAAUGUUGGCUCAGAGGAGAAAGGAGUUUCUUGCUUCUGCAGGCCUGAAAAAGGACCAUCUGAAGAUUCAAGUACAUGAAGUGGAAAGAAGAGUUCAGAGCUUUAAAGUCGUGCUCAAAGGUCAAAGUCUGACUCCUGAAGAUCUGGUUAAAGCAGAGCAGUCAAUCAUUCUGUAUGUUCAAAAACACAAGUUCAAAGCUGAAAUUGCCUCACUCAAAGGUAGCUUUAAAAACAUUCCCAAAGACAGUCCAUUGUACAAACUGGACCCAGUAAUGGAUGAUGAAAUCCUCAGAGUGGGUGGUCGACUGAGUAAAGCAGCACUGCCAUCAGAAUCCAAACAUCCAGUCAUUUUGACCAAAGACAUGCAUGUAUCUACAUUGAUCUUACGUCAUAUCCACCAUCAACUAGGACAUGCAGGAAGAAAUCACAUGCUGUCCAGGUUACGGCAGAAGUACUGGAUCAUUAAUGCAAACUCUGCUCCCAGGAAGGUCAUAUCAGACUGUGUUGUUUGCAGACGCAACAGAGGAAAGCUUGUCGAACAGAAGAUGGCAGACUUGCCUGAAGAGAGAGUGCUGCCUGACAAAGCUCCUUUUACAAAUGUUGGAGUUGACUAUUUUGGCCCUAUUGAUGUUAAAAGAGGCAGAAGUCUUCUCAAGAGAUAUGGAGUGCUGUUCACAUGUUUCACCAGCCGUGCUGUGCACUUAGAAGUGGCACAUACACUGGAUACAGACUCUUGUAUAAAUGCAGUUCGGAGGUUCAUCUGUAGACGUGGUCCAGUCUCAGCUAUCAGGUCUGACAAUGGCACAAAUUUCGUUGGAGCCAGCCGAGAGCUAAAAAGAAAUCUGACUGUUUUGAAUCAUGACAAAAUUCAAAGGGCUUUGGUCCAGGAUGGCAUAAAAUGGAACUUCAACACACCAGCAGCUUCUCAUCACGGUGGUAUCUGGGAGCGACUGAUUCGUUCAGUUAAAAGAGUUCUCACGUCAGUUGUGAAGCAGCAAACUCUGGAUGAUGAAGGGCUCCAGACUCUUUUCUGUGAGGUGGAGGCAAUAUUGAAUGACCGACCCAUCACAAAAGUGUCAGAUGAUGCAGGUGACCUUGAAGCCCUCACACCAAAUCACAUUUUAAUGUUGAAGGGCAAGCCAAUUAUGCCACCAGGAUUGUUUGACCACAGUGAUCUGUAUGUCAGGAAAAGGUGGAAGCAAAUACAAUACAUGGCUGAAAUAUUCUGGAAGAGGUGGAUUUCAGAGUAUCUGCCUAUGAUGCAAGAGAGACAAAAAUGGACACGGCCAAGAAGAAGCCUCAGUCCUGGAGAUAUUGUCCUUGUUGCCGACGCCACAGCUCCAAGAGGAUCGUGGGUGAUGGGGAAAGUUUUGGAUGUCAGACCAGAUGCAAAGGGACAGGUACGCUCUGUGCGUCUUCAAACCAGGACCAGCAUUCUGGAGAGGCCUGUGACAAAGCUCUGUCUGCUUCUGGAAGCAGCAGUCAACAUCAUGGACUGA